UUCAGUUAACAAUGGCUCUCCAUCAGUUUUUGUGCUGUAUUGCUGUGAUGACUAUUCUCUCAUGGAGAGGUUGUCAGUCACAACAGCCUGCCUGUGGCAGAGCUGUUAAAAACAGCAGAAUCUUCGGCGGACAAGAUGCAACACCAGGAAGUUGGCCUUGGCAUGCCAUUGUAGUAAAUUAUGGACCUUAUGGAUAUAUUCAGUGUGGAGGUUCCCUAAUCACCAACCAGUGGGUCCUGACAGCUGCUCGGUGCUUACCAUCUUCAAGUUACAACACUGUGGUUCAUCUGGGACGCUACAACCAGUCAGGUUCAAAUCCAAAUGAGCUGACUCAGAAAGUGGAAAACAUCGUCUGCCAUCCUGCAUUUUCAUACAACUGGCUAUACGAUAAUAACAUUUGUCUUCUGAAGCUGUCAGCUCCUGUGAUUUUCACAGACUACAUUCAGCCGAUCUGCUUAGCCUCAGGAAACAGCACUUUCUACAAUGGGACCAGCAGCUGGGUCAUCGGUUUUGGUUAUGAUGAUAAUCAGCAAUUUUCCAACAUCCUGCAGGAAGUUAAUGUGCCCAUAUUGGGAAACAAUGAGUGUAGAUGCUACUUUGGAGACUACAACUACUGGCUCUCGAAGAUUACAGAGAACGUUACCUGCACUAGGCCCAAAGUUGGAUGGAAGGGUCCAUGGAGAUCAAGGAGAACCACUCAUGGUGAAGAAAGGAUCAAUCUGGGUUCAGAGUGGAAUUACGAGUUAUGGUUAUUGUGGUGGACUAUUAGUCUACACUCGUGUGUCCCAAUACCAGAAAUGGAUCAGUGACACCGUCACAGGGACACCACCUGGUUUUGUUACCUUCACCUCCCCAGGAGCUGACAGUGACUCAAACUUCACCUGCCUAACAUCACCAUCUACAACCAUCCCUGCACCUUUUAACACCACUGUCUCUACCCCUUUAAACACCACUGUCUCUACCCCUUUAAACACCACCAUCUCUACCCCUUUAAACACCACUGUCUCUACCCCUUUUAACACCACUGUCCCUACCCCUUUAAACACCACUGUCCCUACCCGUUUUAACACCACUGUCAUUCCUACACGUAACAAUGGUGAAAAUCUGACCCAUUUCACUCACUUUACCUCUCUCUGUGUUCUUGUUGUGUUGCUCCAUCUGUUUGGUGGAAGUGGAAUAUAAUUCAGCACAUUUACUCACAUCAUGUACACAAAUACAAGCUUGAAAUACUAUUACUUUACCCAAGGUUUCAUAAAAUUUUACAACUCUGACUAACUUUAAAAGUGCAUUUAUUCUAAAAGAUGUGAACAGUUAAAAAACAAAAGUAUGGUGCUUUCUUCUACAUUAAAUGAUUAAUAGAUGCAAACUAAAUGAAACAGAUAGCAGAAAAAAAGUUCUUUUCUUCUUUCCAGUUUCCUAAAUAUAGUGAUUUGCUAUCAUUUCUUUCAACCAAUUUGUUUACUUAAUUUCUAAUCAUUUUUAAAUUUUGACUACAUGUUGGACAAACUGAGGACUAAGAAAGGGAUUGCUAAGUUUGUCAUUUUUAUUAACAAAUCAAACCCCUUUUUUAAUAAUUCUGGAAAGUGAACUGAUUUUUAAAAAAGUUGUUAUACACCAGGACUUUUGGUCAUUUCUGAUACAAUCUGAUGAAAAUCUUCUCAAAUCUUGUUGUGGUGAGGGAUUUGUGGGGUCCAAAUAUUUUUCGUUAUUAAAACAUGUAUCAUUUUAAAGAAGAAGA